UAAGAAAGUCGAGAUCCUAGGGAACGAACAACAACGAAGCACCAGGGGUAAAACCGCCAACUAGCAACGAAAAAUGAUCCCAGUACUCUUCCACUAGCCAGUGUCUAUCUCAGGUCUGUGUUCAAUUGCUUUCUUCAACUCCUCCCCCCCUCCGAGCAGUUUUGGGAAACCCUAACCCUAAAACCCACAUACAAACAGCAGACUCUCGCUUCGUCAAGCUCUCACAAUCGCUUUCAGGCUCCUGGUCUGAGUAUUUCCAGCGUUUGUAUCGAAGUCAAAUGGACUACAGCUCUGAAGAGUCAGAUAUUAGUGAAUCUGAGAUCAAUGACUAUGUAGAGAAACCGUAUGAGCAAUUGAGGGUUGGAAAGUUCAAAGUUAAAGAUCUCAACGGCACGCUUAGAUGUCCUUUCUGUGCUGGAAAGAAGAAGCAAGAUUACAAGUACAAGGAUUUGCUUCAACAUGCUUCUGGAGUGGGUAAAGGUUCUGCUAACAGAAGUGCAAAACAAAAGGCAAACCACCUUGCCUUGGCAAAGUACUUGGAGACUGAACUAUCAAGUGAAGUGGCUCAAACCCAGUGUCCAAUUUUACCACAACCUGUCACUCAGCCUCCAAAGCAAGAUGAUCUUUAUGUGUGGCCUUGGAUGGGCAUCAUUGUUAACAUAGUAUGCGACCCAAGGGAUGGAAAAAAAUUUCAUGGUUCUGAAUACUGGUUGAAAAGGUUCAGUAAAUUUAAACCAUUGGAAGUUCUUAUUUUCUCUGAAGAAAAUGACCUAAAUGCACAAGCUGUAGUGAAAUUUAAUAAUGAUUGGAACGGUUUCAUGAAUGCAACUGAAUUUGAGAAGUCAUUCGAAACUGAGCAUUGCAGCAAGAAGGACUGGAAUGAACGGAAAACACAGCUUGGCUCUAAUACAUAUGGGUGGUGUGCACGUGCUGAUGACUAUGAUGCAAAAGGUCCAAUAGGGGAUUUCCUUCGCAAUAAAGGGCAGUUAAGAACUGUAUCUGACAUUGUCAAGGAAGCAGCUCAAACCAGAAACAAUGUUGUGGCAAAUCUAGCCAAUAAAAUCGAUAUUACAAAUGAAAAUCUGAAUGAACUACAUUACAAGUACACUGAAAAGACCAUGUCCUUAAGUAGGAUGCUCGUGGAGAAAGACAAACUACACUCUGUUUUUCUUGGAGAAAUAAGGAAGAUGCAGCGGCUUUCACGUGAUAAUGUUCGAAGGAUAUUUGAUGAACAUGAGAAGCUGAAUCACGAAUUGGAGACUAAGAAAAAGAAACUUGAUUCCUGGAGCAAACAACUGAACAAACGUGAAGCACUAACUGAGCGUGAGAGACAAAAGCUUGAUGAGGAUAAGAAAAAGCAUGAUGUGAGGAACAAUUCACUUCAAUUGGCAUCCAUGGAGCAGAAAAAGGCUGAUGAGAAUGUCUUAAGGCUGGUUGAAGAGCAAAAGAGGGAGAAAGAGGAGGCCAUUAAUAAGAUACUUCAGUUGGAAAAGCAGCUGGAUGCUAAACAGAAAUUGGAAAUGGAAAUUGAAGAAAUCAAAGGGAAACUACAGGUGAUGAAGCAUCUUGAAAAUGAAGAUGAUACAUCAGUUCGGAAGAAGAUGGAAGAAAUGAAUGAAACAUUGGAAGAAAAAGUUGAUGAUCUAAACGACAUGGAAGAAAUGAAUAAUGUUCUUAUUGCUAAAGAGCGACUUAGCAACGAUGAGCUACAAGAAGCUCGCAAACAAUUCAUUGCAGGUUUGACGGAGAUAAUGCUGGGCGGUCGCACGAAUAUUGGAAUAAAGAGAAUGGGAGAAAUUGAUUCGAAGCCAUUUCAGAAUACAUGCAAGCAGCGAUUUGCCCUUGAGGAAGCAAAUGUGCAGGCCUCAACACUAUGCUCCUUGUGGCAGGAGAAUUUGAAGGAUCCAAACUGGCAUCCUUUUAAAAUUAUUGAUAUCGAUGGUAAUACCCAGGAAAUCGUAAAUGAAGAAGAUGAGAAGCUACGAAGUCUCAAACAGGAGUGGGGGGAAGGGAUAUACAUGGCUGUUAUUACAGCAUUGAAAGAGAUCAAUGAGUAUAAUCCAAGUGGUCGUUACAUUGUUUCGGAGCUCUGGAACUUCAAAGAAGAAAGGAAAGCCACAUUAAAGGAGGUCAUCAGUUACAUCUUGAAGAAUAUCAACACACUUAAGCGCAAGAGACAGUGAGGCAGAGGUGACUGGAAAUUCCAAGACGGAAAUGGAUGCGGAUUUAGAAGGUGGUAGCAUAAGUUCCUGGUUCAUAUCAAAUGUCAGCUAGUUGGCCCCAUUUGUAUGUACGGUAUAUAUAUUAAGACAAGGGUCUUCUGAACUUCCAAUGAUAUUGUUAACUCCAACUUUAUUGGUGGGAAUUUCUGUAGUGACUGCAGUUUCAGAAUUUACUGUUAUGACAAAAACUAGAAACUUCUUCCA